AUGGAGCAUGGAUUUGAUUUUUUACCGCAAGAACUUCGGCUACAACCUGAUUUUUUCUGGCAUGGACUUGAUUUUUUCUGGCAACCACCUGCUGAUCCACAAUUUAUCUUUUUUAUUACAGUUCCAACAACAUUUCUAAAACUUGUUCCUGCUCUUGAACCACAACCUCCACCACAACUUGGUUUACUUGCUCCACAACUUGGUUUACUUGCACCACAACUGGGUUUGGCUCCGCAAGAAGGUUUUGCUCCACAACUGGGUUUGGCUCCACAACUUGGUUUUGCUCCACAACUUGGUUUUGCUCCACCACAACCUCCUUUCUUUGCUCCACAAGUAAAUUUCGCUCCUCCACCACAAGUUUUUGCUCCGCAAGAUGGUUUCCUUGCACCACAACUUGGUUUCGCUCCGCAAGAAGGUUUUGCUCCGCAACUUGGUUUUGCUCCACAACUUGGUUUUGCUCCACAACUUGGUUUUGCUCCACCACAACCUCCUUUUUUUGCUCCACAAGUAAAUUUUGCUCCUCCACCACAAGUUUUAGCCCCGCAAGAUGGUUUUUUAGCACCACAACUUGGUUUGGCUCCGCCACAACCUCCUUUUUUUGCUCCACAAGUAAAUUUGGCUCCUCCACCACAAGUUUUGGCUCCACAACUUGGUUUACUUGCACCACAACUUGGUUUGGCUCCGCCACAACCUCCUUUUUUUGCUCCACAAGUAAAUUUCGCACCUCCACCACAAGUUUUAGCCCCGCAAGAUGGUUUUUUCGCACCACAACUUGGUUUUCUUGCGCCGCAACCUGAUUUGCUUCCACCACAACUUGGUUUGCUUGCACCGCAACCUGAUUUUUUACCACAAGUAAAUCUGGGCAAUGCAGUACUUAGGCUUCUACCACCACAACCUGAUUUUUUGCCACCACAACUUGGUUUUGAUCCACCACAAGGUUUUGAUCCACCACAACUUGGUUUUGAUCCACCACAACUUGGUUUUGAUCCGCCACAACUCGGUUUUGAUCCACCACAACUCGGUUUUGCUCCGCCACAACCUGAUUUUUUGCCACAACUAAACCAUGGUACUCCCAUACUUAAUUUUCUGCUACCAUAA